AUGUCUACGCAAACGCGCAUCCUUUCUGUCCAACGGCUCAGCCAGGGGCCCGGCGAUUUGUCUCUAGCAGAAUGGUGGGCGAAAGAGCGUAGCCAACAGACGCCCGAGUCCAAGGCCAUCGAAGAAGCCGCCGAACUCCUUCGUUCAAGUGACCUGCCUGUCGCCUUUCCUACUGAGACCGUGUACGGGUUGGGUGCGGAUGCCACACGCAGUUCUUCUGUCCAGGGAAUCUACCGCGCAAAACAGCGGCCCUCGGACAACCCGCUAAUUGUUCACAUCGACUCACUCGAUAUGCUCGAGCGUCUGCUAAACCCCACCCUCCGAAGCAGCCCUACUGGAACCAAGACACCAUCAAUCAGCAUUCCCCCGAUCUAUAAACCUUUGAUCGACAAAUUCUGGCCCGGUGCGCUUACAAUAAUUCUACCUAACUCGUCCGGCUCCCCAUUGGCGCCAGAGGUUACAUCCAAACUGACUACAUUCGGCGUCCGCAUGCCCUCCUCCCCACUGGCACGUCUUCUCAUCCAUGCAACAGACCGUCCGCUCGCCGCGCCAUCUGCAAACGCAUCCACCAAGCCAUCCCCCACAACCGCGCAGCAUGUAUACCACGAUCUCCAAGGCCGAAUCGAUCUAAUUCUCGAUGGCGGCGCAUCUGGCGUCGGCGUCGAGAGCACCGUGGUCGACGGACUCUGCGACCCACCCGCCAUUCUACGCCCUGGUGGCAUCGGCAUUGACGAAAUCCGAAAAUGCGAAGGAUGGGAGACCGUGGCAGUCGGGUACAAAGACGGCUCAUUAGACGUGAAGGAGGUCCCUCGCGCACCGGGCAUGAAAUAUCGCCACUACUCUCCGAAGGCACGGGUAGUUCUCUUCGAGCCGUCAUCCAGCCAAGCCGGAGUGGUGAAGCACGUGAAAGCCGAUUUGAAGGAUACAGCGAUCGGCGCCCACAAUAUUGGUAUUAUCCGCACGCGGAACUGGAAACUGGGCUUGGAGCUUGCGUCAGAAGAUCAAAUUGCCAAGACCUCGAGCCCUGUGCCUUCGCCCGUGGAAAACGUGAUCAGCUUCCCGGUCCCCGUACCUGAUACGGGUAGUAAUGGCCGUGCAAAGAUGGCGUACGACUAUCAUCUCGGCUCCGACGCAGUUUCCAUCGCGCAUGGUCUUUUUGCUGCCCUCCGCGGUCUGGAUGAGCUUGAUGUUGAUGUGAUCUAUGUGGAAGGUGUGCCGGAUAGCGAGGGUGACCUGGCUGCGGCUGUCAUGAACAGGUUACGAAAGGCUGCUGGUGCUGAAUUGCGGGUUUAA